CUAUGUCUAUAUAAAAUCGCAUCCCAGCCAGUAAAGCUGGGCAGUUGAGCAAGUGUACCUCGAGGAGUUGUAAAAGAUUUCACCACCCUUAGAAAUUGCAUAUUUUCAAGACCGAAAUUGCUUUCUGAAGAUCGUCUUAAUGUGGACUAUAACUUUGCUGAUCCUCAUCGGGUUUUUGCUAUAUAAAUAUGUGAGGCGUCACUAUACUCACUGGCAAAGGUUGGGAGUGGACGAGGAGCAGGCGAGAAUCCCCUUAGGAGUAAUGGAUACUGUGAUAAAACAGGAACGCAGUUUAGGAAUGGCUUUAGGUGACAUAUAUGCCCGGCACGAGGGCAAAAUAGUUGGAAUUUACAUGAUGAACAAAAGAAGUAUCCUCAUCCGAGAUGCCCAAUUGGCCCGCCAGAUAAUGACCAGUGAUUUCGCCAGCUUCCACGAUCGCGGAGUGUACGUGGAUGAGGAUAAAGAUCCGCUGUCGGCCAAUCUCUUUAACCUGAGAGGUGCGUCAUGGCGAAAUCUCCGUCACAAACUCACUCCAUCGUUCUCCUCCGGAAAAAUUAAGGCCAUGUUUGGAACGAUCGACGAUGUGGGUGACAAGUUAGUGCAGCAUUUAGACGGUGCCCUGGACCAGACUGACGAGGUGGAGAUCAAAGAUGUGAUGACCACCUAUGCAGUGGAUAUCAUUGGAUCGGUGAUCUUCGGAUUGGAAAUAGACAGCUUCAGCAAUCCGAAGAACGAGUUCCGUGAAAUAAGCAGCUCUACCUCUAAGGAUAAGUCCCUGCUGCUCAAGAUCCACAAUAUGUCUAUGUUCAUAUGCCCACCAAUUGCCAAGCUAAUGAACCGAUUGGGUUAUGAGAGCCGUAUUUUGACAUCCCUUCGAGACAUGAUGAAGCGCACCAUCGAGUUCCGGGAGCAGCACAAUGUCGUCCGUAAGGAUAUGCUGCAGCUUCUGAUCCGGCUGAGAAAUACGGGCAAGAUCGGCGAGGACGACGAUGAGGUAUGGGACAUGGAAACUGCACAGGAACAGCUGAAGUCAAUGUCCAUCGAGAAGAUUGCCGCCCAAGCUUUUCUGUUCUACGUGGCUGGUUCGGAAUCCACUGCAGCCGCCUCCGCAUUUACUCUCUAUGAGUUGUCCAUGUAUCCGGAGCUUCUGAAGGAGGCGCGUGAGGAGGUGGACGCGGUGCUCCAGAAGCACAACAUUAAACCUAAGGAUAAGUUCACCUACGAGGCAGUGCAGGACUUAAAGUUUUUGGACCUCUGCAUCAUGGAAACCAUUCGGAAAUACCCCGGCCUUCCGUUCCUCAAUAGAGAAUGCACUGAAGAUUAUCCUGUUCCCGGUACCAACCACAUUAUAACCAAGGGAACCCCGAUUCUGAUAUCGCUCUUUGGCAUCCAACGUGAUCCCGCUUACUUCCCGGAUCCGAAUGGAUACGAUCCCCACCGAUUUGAUGCAGAUACCAUGAACUACGACCAGGCAGCUUAUAUGCCGUUUGGGGAGGGUCCCAGGCAUUGCAUAGCUCUCCGCAUGGGCAAAGUCAACUCCAAGGUGGCGGUGGCCAAAGUCUUGGCCAAUUUCGAUCUGACACAGGCUCCCCGCAAGGAGGUUGAGUUCCGCUUCGAUGCUGCUCCCGUUUUAGUGACCAAAGAGCCCCUGAAACUUCGUUUGACCAAGAGAAAGUAAAUAAAAUAUUAAGAUUUGGUGCUAGUUUAUAAAAAUA